AUGGUGAGCAUAAUUGUUCCUUGGUUGCUCUGUCUCCAUUUAUUGGUGGUUUUUGUUGCAAGUAUUGGGAAUAAAGCAGCAGAUGGGAUGAGUCUUCGUAUGUUCACCAACUAUGGUUAUUCAUAUAAAGUGAAGAUUGCAAUUGGCACUUUCAAAUUACCUAAUGAUCCUAAACCUAAAUACAUGAUGUACAAUUUGAAGGUGGACCUCAGUAGUGACCUUCUUUGGUUGGAAUGUGAAGGUUGCACAAGGUGUUUUAAGCCCCCUAUAUUGAAUGUGAUUCCUUUUCCAUUCAGUAAUUCUAGCUCGGGAAGUCAUAAUGUUGACGAUGGACCGACCUAUUCAAUUAACUAUGACGAUGGUACAUAUAGUAUAGGCUAUCCAGCAAGAGAAACUUUUAGUUUCAAUUCCAGUUCUUCUAAAUCUUUUUUGUUUAAAAAACAAACAUUUACCAUAAACAACAUCUUGUUUGGCUGUGGUAUUCAAAAUAAGAUGCGCCCAAAGAUGAUUAUUCGUGCAAUUGACGGUUCACCAUCUGUAUCUUUAUCUCUAUCUGGAGUCAUGGGUCUUGGUUGGGGUCCUCUAUCUUUUGUGGAACAGACUAAUUCUGUCAGUAAAGGAAGAUUUUCUUAUUGCCUUCCAACCAUUUUAAGUCAAUAUACCGAGGUCAAAACUUAUUUGAGAUUUGGAAAUGAUAUACCAUUAAAUAAAGGAAAUAUAAUCAACUCAACGCCAUUAAAAAGAAUCGAAAAAGAUCUAGGGUAUCAUUUGGAAAUGGUUGGGAUCAGCCUUAACAAUCAUCGGCUAAAUAUUAGCAAUGACUUGUUUCUAGUAAAGAAUAAAGGUGGUGGUGGUGGAUGCAUUAUAAAUUUUAAGGUACCAGUAUCGCAUAUUAUUCAGCCUGCCUAUGAAAAAUUGAAAUAUGCUGUUAUUCAAUAUUUCUCCAAAAUCCCAGGAAUAUUUAGAGUGAACAAAUUGACAUUACCAUUUCCAUUUGAACAAGAUCAAUUGUGUUACAGUAGUAAUAAUUUCCUUACACCAUUUGACAAAAUCAAAUUUCCAACCAUUACAUUCCAUUUCAGUGGGAAACAAGCCAACUUGGUCCUAAGCGAGGAGACUGCCUUUAGUUCCUUUCGAAUUGGACCUAUGAUCGAUAUGUAUUUUUGUUUGGCUCUGGUCCCCGAUCCUAGUACUACUAUCAUUGGCCUGUAUCAACAACUCAAUCAUCGAUUUGUGUAUGAUAGGAAUCAUAAUGAACUACUUUUCUAUCCUGAGAAUUGCUUAAAGAAUUCUUAA